CACCAGUUGCAGGGGUCUCACAUAUAUAUAUUUAAAAGAAAAGCUAGGACCUUGGCUUUUUGAUUAGUAACAGACCGCUCUCUGUUCAAAAUGAAGUUCUUCUUGGUUUUCGCAGCUCUCUUCGCAGUUGCCUACUCCAGGCGUAUCGAGUUGAAUCAACUCGUUAACAGGAUUCAAGACUACUCAAAAAGGAUUGAAAAGGCAGAUUCUUCCUCCGAGGAAAUAGAAGAUCUCUUGAAGGAUGGUCUUAAGGAAGUUACUGGCCAAAUUGAAUUAGCCGUUUGCAAGAGGAACUCGACCAAGUUAUACGAUGCAGCUCUGAAAUCCAUCAAAUGUGCAAAGGAAUCGAAAUCAGAAGGAGUCAUCUGCGACAGUCUUGGUGCUGAAUUCAAGAAAUGCAUUGAGCCAAUCGAGAAAGUUUUCGAAGAAUGCCUGGAAGCUAAAUUCCACGACAUUCCAAAACUGAUCAUUGACGCUGUCACUUCUACCACUGAAUACCUCUGCAACUCCAAAGUCAGGGACAUUGUCGAACUGAGCAACCCCUGUGCAGCAAUCGAAGUUGAUAAUCUGAAAAGUUGUAUCACUGGAAUCGAGAGCAAAAUAAAGAACAUCAAUGCAGUCACCAACUUGAAGACUGAACUUUGUGGGGAAGCUGUGAAACAGAAAACUUGCCUCCUUGAACAGAUCAACAAGAAUUGCAAGAACGAUUUGACCAAGAAGAGUUUCAACGACCUCUACGAAGCAGCAAUCAUCAAACCCUGCUCUGCCUGAGUUAAAGUUCAAAUUCUAAUGUUAUAACUACAAUUUUUGUAUUUGUGUGUAUGAAAUAAAUAAACAUCUAACAAAUAAA